AUGCGCACUCUUAUCCCGGGGGUUGAGCCAGUCAAGCGGGACCACGAGUGGCACGAUUCAGCGAUGCAGGAUCAAGCAAGGAGUGUGAUUUGCGUUCUAAUACCGGAUAUGACAGGAAGUGAAGCAGAGGCGGGAGGCCCCUAUGUCCGAGCAGAACAUACAGAAACUACUUACAUGGGUUUGACUGGAAAUGACAUGCGGGUUGGAACGGCCGUGACGUUUAUGCAAACAAAACCCGAACACACUGAGUUGUCGCGCGCCUCGGGAUUCGACGGAGUCGACGGAGACCUUCCGCAAGAUAAUCCGUUGGGCCGCAUGGGAAGAGAAAAUCAAGUGAACAAGAACCGCAAACACGAAAACAUGCCCAAGUCUAUAGUUGGACGCCGGAUAAAACCACACACUAUCCCAUCGGUCCACCCAUAA